AUGGCGACAGACCAAUACAAUUCAACCCCAGCGAACGGAGUCGACGUGGUCAGUGGCUUACUACGAACAAGAACGAGAGAGAAGAAGACGGAGCGAGCGAUGGUAUCGUCAGAUUCGCCCUGCUUCAAUUGGUGCCUGUCUCGCGAUUUUUGGAAGAAUUUUCGUGGCGCCUUUAAUGCGAAAGACAGCUAUUUUGCCUUUAGUGAGAUGGACCUGGUCAUGUCUGGAGGCUGCACACCGUGUCAUAUCGAGUGUAAAAAGGUUUUACAUCAAAUGGCCACAUUUCACCACGAAGCUUUAAUGAGUAAACCCACUUUCGAAGACCUGUAUACAGCCACGUCCCGGGAUUACAGUCUAAUCGGUGCCGAAGGACUGGCUUUAGCCGCAAGACUCGAGGCGAGUGGAGCCACCUGUUCCGGUGGAGUGGAUGAAUGGGGAUCUCCAUUGUCAAUUAUCACGGGGGAAGCGGAAGAAAUUGUUGAAAUAAUUGAAACUUUAAAACUUUCUGUAUCACCAGAACAGCUAUUGGAAGCGAAGAAAGGUAUUGAACUCAAAAACGAAUGUGUGACCAAGUGGGCAGUCGAGAGCCAUCUUCGGCUGUUUAAAUUCCAAGCUGUUAAGAACAGCGUAGGCUAUUCCUCUAUCCCUGCUGCGGACUUUAACGUAUUCCCGGAGUAUACGGAAUGUAGAUCUGAAGUCCCGUAUCAAUAUGUAAUAGGGGAAAAGUUAGCGUUAGCGACUGGAGGGGAAGAUCCAGUGCUGGUUGUACCAGAUUUACUCAAGUUGUUCCCGUACGGCUUUACUAGUAGUAUCCCACGAGUUUCUCGAGUUGUUGCCACGUCUAGUCCAACCGUUUACCGCGCCAAGACCGUCAUACAGUCGCUGUUUAGAGCGUAUUACGGUGGGUGUCGAGUACGCACUGUAAAUAGGACUGGGAUUUAUGUCGAAGAUACGUGCACUUUAUCCAAGCGAUGGCAGAAUUACGGACUCAUGUUGCAAGCUCCUGAUGAUAUUCCAGUGUGUAGUACCGGAACAUCGAGUAUCUGUAUUCGCAAUUACUAUAAUUCGUUGUGGGAAUGGGUUACUGGUACCGAUGACACUCCUGGACGUGCUCUAAUGAAGAUUAGCGUAUUCCGUAAUCGCUAUGCUGACACUGUCGCUCUAAGCGUUCUUCCUGGGAUGGUGGUGCUUCAAAUGCUGCUCAUGGGGCUGAUCAGUUUGUACCAGAUUAUGUCCCACAAGAGAUCAGUGCUGCUCACUCAGAUUUGGGCGUAUCGCUGUCAGAAUGGGAGAAUGCAAGUAUUCUAUCUUGGGCAAGUUACGUAUCAUUUGGCCCGUAACUCGGAUACGUAUUAUUUAGGGCUCGUUACGGGUACCCUUACAGUGGAGUCUUUAGCGAAUCUCACGUUCAGCUUUUUUGCCUUCUCGUAUGCAUUCAUUAACCUGCUAAAAGCUCGAUCCGGAGUACAGAAACUCGAUCGACACUUCCGACUUACAUGGGAGAUCAUGCAAGUGGUCAUUACGACUGGAGUGGCUUGCGUAUUGUAUUCCUCGUAUCUGACGUCGUUACCGUGGAUUGUCGACUAUAACGGUAAAUUACUCCGUAAAACCACAAUAGAAGGAGCCAAAUACUGCGGUUUACACGAUUCCUGUAUCGUCAUGCAGCUUAAUCUAGCAAUCAUGGCUGUAAUUGGCUCGACUUUACUGGGACUCAUCGCCUUGUCAGCUUCAUACAUGGUGCAAAAGCACAGCAGUCCGUGGACACAUUUCAGUCAAACCUUAUCUUUCAUCAAACUCGAAAGUCCCGUAAAGAGGUUUAAUAAACCCAAGACUGCGUUAGAGAGAGUAUCCCAAGGUCAGACGCCUCACAUUGCGAUCAUACCGCGUGCUCGCUUUGUUCUCCUAGGGAAACACAAGCGAGUGGGGCCCGUAGAUCACCAAAUCACAACAACUCGUACGACAUUCGAGGAAUUCUGCCUAGGCUCCGAGUUUAGCAAGCUUUUCAUGGACUGCGACGAUUUCGCUUACGUAACGUUCAUGAACAAGCGAUGUACGAGUGUGGAGGCACUUCUACUUACGGGUUACUUGUUUUACGGCAAGCAUGUGUACCAGGCUCCGUCUGUGGUGCUCCUGCUACUGGCUCGACUGUUCCCACCAAAAUUCCUACGCACUUUCAACAUCCUUCUACUGCGCUGGUGGAUGCACCCAGAGCACGGAACACUUACUCAUGCGCUGUCAUGUACGUGGUAUACGGCAACUGAAGAAAACUACUGGAUUUCGGAGGCCACGCCGGUUGCUUGA